AUGGACAACAACAACAACAACAACGACAACAACCAACCCCAACCCCAACCCCAAAACGACACCCAGGAUGGCACCAACGACGACACCCAGGACGACACCCAAAACUACACCAAACCUUUCCUCCCAGCCAACCCCCAACACCAAUCCCCCCUCUUCACCCUCCUCCCCCCUGAACUCCGCACGCACAUCUACACCCUCCACCUCCGCAACACUCGCCUCACAACCGGCGCCCGCCUCUCCCCCCACGGCUGCCGCGCCCCCCGUCAGCUCCUCACGCCCGCCCCGCACACCCUCGCUUUGCUCUACGUCUGCCGCGCCAUCUACGACGAACUGGCUACUUCCUGGUCGUCCCCCUCUCAUUGGCUUCGACAUGUGCUCUUUGAUUUUGCGGAGCCGUAUACAAUGCUUGAUACGUUUUUCUGGAUGCCGAGGGGGAUGUUACAGGCUGUUAAGCGGGUGAGGGUGGGUGCAGAAGCGUUGGUGUUUACUAUUUUUGAUGAGUCGACUUUUUAUUCGUUCGCGGGGGCGUUUAAGUUGCUUCCGGGGUUGAGGUUGGAUGAGUUGACUGUGUUGGGGUGUCCAGUGGAUGAAGGGAACUCGGAGAUUAUUCGGGAUUUACUGCGUUUUGGGGGCGGGUGGAGGAGGUUGAGGUUUGUGGCCCAUGGAGCGGGGAUGUUGUUGGGAUUGGGGGGUUCUGAGGAGGAGGAGGAGGAGGAGGGGGUUCAGGAGUUGAGGUGGGAGGAGAGCAGGGCGCGGGACUGUUGUAGGCAGUGGGAGAGCAUGUUGCGGGAAAGGGAUGGGAAGGAGUCCGGGAGUUCGGUGUUUGGGUAUGUGGCACGGGAGCGGAAGACGUAUGGGGUGGUAUUGGAUCCGGAGCGGCGGGUGGAGUUUUACCGGUCGAAGGCGAAGGGGCCGGAUGACGAGUACCUCGGGGAAGCGAUCUUGGGACAGGUGGACAACAUAGAGCGCGAGGUCUUGAUUAUUGUCACACGAGGGGCCAAGGUAGAUAUCGAAGACAAAGAGGACUCCCCCUUCGUCGAGGGGGAUCCCCGUGAACACGAGUUUGGGUCGACUUGGGACGAGAUUAGCGUUAGGUCCUGCUGGGGCCACCACAGACACCCACUGGACCCGGCCAAACACGGGCCCUCGAGGGUGGAUGUGUACAGAGACCCGGAAGAGUACUCCUGGUCGAAGCAGCACUUGUGCAAGGACGAACCUUAUCAUUGGGAUUGCUCUUCGGACAAGGACGCUGAGUUAGGUUCGGAGCCGGAUUCAGAUGAGAUAGUAGUUUCAGAAACAGAGUAG